UGCGCAGCUGGCAUUGACGAAGCGCUAUAGAUAAACGCUGCUUUCAUCUCUCCAGCGAUCUGAACCCUCUACUUCAUGAUUGCGACCCUGCCGGCUGAUCUAUCUUAUGAUGGACAAGUUAAUGAUACUUCCAUACUUGUCGUAUCACAUCAUUGGCGAGCUUCUGUUCAAUGAACAAUAUAUGUGACAUUCUAGCGCCUGAGGCUGCUGAUGAAGAUUGUACACACUUCGUAUACUCUCCUGCUCUGCUCACAGCUUACUUCCUUCCGCGUCUAUCGGUUCCGGGUAGAACCGCUCAUAUGCCAGUGCUGUAUAUAUGCUCAUGCAACACUAUGGUGCACUAUCACUCUCAGCAUUUUCCCCAUGCCUACGAGUUCGACGGUACACACCACCCCCCUUCCCACCUCAUCAUCCUCCGAUGACUCCGAAUGGUGUGAUCUACCAAGAAAUCCUUUUUGGUGUGUCUGCUUUAAGGCGUUGUGUAUGAUCGCUAUAUCGAAGUCGUCGGUCAAGCACUGGGAAGAGCUCAGAAAGAAUUCGACAAAGUCCAAACAGGAUUCGGAAGAGCUCAAACGGAAUUCGACGGAAGAGAAAUCAGAAAAGCAUAAGAAAAUAUUGAUAAAUCGGUUUGAGAACAUGAACAUCACAGCGGGUCUGGUCUUGACGUCAAGUGCUGUUUUCAUAUCCACCAGUCCUCCAAUCCAAUCUCUUAUACCCUAUGCAAACCAAGGAUCCUAUAUCCUCCAAGUCAUCUCUUUUGUAGCUGCGUUGAUGAGUUUGAUGACUGGCACUUCUGUCCUCAUCAUCUACGACACUUGCUAUGCACACGAAUGCAUAUUGGAAUCGUGCAAGGAAUCUCGCUGGCGCCUCAUAUGCUGCCUCUUACUGAUGGCAUUUCCUACGCUAGCUCUGGUAGUCUCGACAUUGGCUUUAAUGUCAGCCAUAUAUAUUGCAGGCCUCACAUCGGACAAACUGUUUGUGAAAGUCCUGACUGGAGCAUCUUGUGGAAUAUUUCUCCUCCUUAUUGUGCUCGCAAUAUAUGUAUUCAAGGCUCCUAAAAAGGCUGCCUAUGCCACCGGUAAUGUCAUGGACAAUGGCUCUGGGCAAAUACCCGUGGUAGCCGAUUAUCAGGGCAGCUCGCGUGGGCGUGCUGCAAGUCUAGAAGACGGAUUGUCCCAUUAGCUGGCGGUAUGGACGGACAUGUUACUGUCGGUUCAUUUUGUCAAGAUAUAACUAUCGACGUCACUCUCGUACGUACUCUUCCUUUCCUUUUACAUAUGCAAUCACUCUUCACUACACGC